AUGUCCUCACCGAGAGCAUCAUCCCCAGUCGGCGCGCCCAUCGCCACUGGUGCCAGCAUCGGCCGCCCAUCUUCGCCCCCGGGAGGUCCCAGGACCGCUAUCCGCCGACGAGCCGCUGCAGACCAGAAGGAGAAGAUUGCGAAUGUUCGACCCAGCAGCACCAGAGCCGCCGGCGCUGGCGGAAGCAGCAGCACAAUGCUCCGUCUCUACACAGACGAGUCCCCGGGCCUGAAGGUUGACCCUGUCGUUGUCUUGGUUCUCUCUCUGGUCUUCAUCUUCAGCGUUGUUGCUUUACACGUCAUUGCCAAGCUCACCCGAAAGUUCUCCGGCUAA